AUGGAGAGGAGUGAACAGAGAAGAGGAGAGGAGGAGAUCCCAAGAGAGAUGGCUCAAAGUCACCCCUAUUUCAACCUGCCUGACUUCACCCAGUCACCGCCGCCAUCCACUCCUUCGUCCAGCCACCACCGCUGCCGGCCCUCCGAUGCCACCAAGGGCCUGCUGGUGGCCCUGCUGGGCGGGGGCCUGCCUGCCGGCUUCGUGGGCCCCUUUUCCCGCAUGGCCUACCGGGCUUCCCACCUGCCCUCGAUGGAGUUGCUCUUUUGUCGCUGUCUCUUCCACCUCCCCAUCGCUCUGCUGCUCCACCUACGAGGCGACCCGCUGUUAGGACCCCCUGAUGUCCGGGGCCGGGCCUGCCUCCAUGCCUUGCUCAACGUCAUCAGUAUAGGAUGCGCCUACAAUGCAAUCCAGGUGGUGCCUGCCGGCAACGUGGCUACCGUCCGCAAAGGAUCUUCCACCAUGUGCUCUGCUAUCCUCUCCCUCUGCCUCGAGAGCCAGGGUCUCAGUGGAUACGACUGGUGUGGCCUGUUGGGCAGCACACUGGGCCUCAUCAUCAUUGUGGGACCUGGACUAGGGACACUGCAGGAGGGGACCACUGGCAUCCACACUGCCCUGGGCUACGUGCAGGCCUUCCUGGGAGGCCUGGCCUUGUCGCUGGGGCUUCUGAUCUACCGCUCCCUGGACUUCCCCUCCUGCCUACCGACAGUGGCCUUCCUGUUUGGGUUGGUGGGGCUGUUGGGCUCCGUGCCAAGCCUCUUUCUGGUGCAGACCCCUGUACUGCCCACUGACUCUCUGAGCUGGAGCUGCGUGGGCGCAGUGGGCAUCCUUGCCUUGGUGUCCUUUGUGUGCGUGAGCUAUGCGGUCACCAAGGCCCACCCUGCCCUAGUGUGUGCCGUCCUGCAUUCAGAGGUGGUGGUGGCCCUGAUGCUGCAGUACUAUGUGCUCUACGAGAAGGUGGCUCCUUCUGACAUCAUGGGGGCAGGAGUCGUGUUGGGCAGCAUCGCCAUCAUCACUGCCCAGAAUCUCAGCUGUGAGAGGGAGGCGCAGGUAGAGGAGCGAGAGUGCAGCUGA